AUUUAAACGCGUCGCGUACUUUAAAUUGACAACAAGUUCAAAUCAAUUCGCUCAACCGAAAAUGAAAGUGUUCGCAAUUGCCUGUGUCAGCCUCUUGGUGGCCAGCUGCGCCUGGGCCGCUCCCAGCGUGCAAGAUAAUAGAAUCGAAAGUGAUAACACCUUCGGCCGUGCCGCCCGCUAUCUGGGCGCCUGUCUCGACAGUGACGACAUGGCCACCUGUUUGGCCGUCAAGGGCAUUACCGCAUUGAAUCGCGCUGCCAGGAGCAACAACAUUGAGCUGGUCAAUGGCGUAACCUUCCAGAGAGAUCCCGCAAGUCCUGUGCAGCGUAGUGGCAAGUCCCUUAGCGAGCAGGAUAUCUACGCUGAGCUGCCACAAGGCUCCGAGGAGCGUAAUGGUCGUCUGGUUGAUUUGGCCAUAUCCAGUGUGUCUGACUUCCUCAGCACCCACAACUUGGAAUUCAAACUGCCUGCUGAGACAACCCAGCAGGUUGCCCGUGCCUUGGAUGAAGGUCGCGGCAAGAUCAAGAAGGUGAUGGGACCUCUCGCUUUGGCCAUUGGUGCUAAACUGUUUGCUGUGAUUCCUCUGGUGCUCGGCUUCCUGGCUCUGUUGACCUUCAAGGCUGUGAUCGUGGCCAAGAUUGCCUUCUUCCUGGCCGUUCUGGUUGGCGGCUCUCGUCUGCUCAGCGGCUUCGGUAACAAAUUCGGCGGCAACGCAUACGGCGGAGCUUAUAGCUCGAAUGCCUGGUCUGCACCUGCCACCGCUGGCUGGAGCUCCGGAGCCUCAUCUGCCUAUCCCUAUGCUCGCAGCAUUGGCAAUAACGAUGCCCAGCAGUUGGCCUAUGCCGGACAGCAGCAGGAGCAGGAGCAGCAGCAGUAAACACAGAGCCUUUGAUCCUUUGGUCAAGCAUGUGCUAAGAAUGUGCCUUUAAUUUGAAAUCUAGUUUUUAGUAAUUUAUUCGAGACGUGAAGCUGACGCGUUUGUUUAAUUAAUUUAUUGUACUACACCACUUUCACACUAUCCAAAACAUCAGCAAAAUAGUCAAGUUGAAUGUUUGUCAUCAAAAUAAAUGCGAUUAAUUUCAUAA